CGAAGAGCGCGACAAGAUACCGAAACGAAAUCGAGAAUCUCUUUUUUUUUUAAAAAAGUCAAAAGAAGAAGUAAAGUUUUAUGGAAAAGAGCACUUCUCCAGAUAUCGAUUCAUGGAGGGGAGAGAGAGAGAGAGGAUGUCAACAUCAUGAGGAUAUCUCUAUAACGACGGAUCAUACACUUGACAGGACCAAGGGGUGAACAAUUGAGAUGCACGGAAGCGAAAUUGUUUGACCAAAUGAUUUGCUGACACCCGAAGACGAGAGGAUGUAAGAGGAGGAAUUCUGGAGUUAUGACAGACGCGUGAGGAACGAAACGCUGACGACGUCGCGCGAAUCAUUGAGACGUGUCGGUAAAAAAUUCCACGCCGGCAAAGCGAACACUUUUUCUGCUACAUUUGACAAGGGAACGAGCGGAGAAACGAAAUACAGAGGAUCCAACAGCGAGACUGAAGUUUCAUCUCAGAUUUCAGAGGAAAGGGAGAUAUGAAAAUCUUCAGGGGGCGAACGUGAAACUAUGAAAAUCGAUGGGCGAAAGUCAAGACGAAGAUUCAAGAUCCGAUCAAAUUUUUUUAUUAAAUGUAAGAAUUAGACGCAACGAUCUGAAACCUGACAAACGUGGCUGACUCGGUUUAAAUAAAGGUGAAUAUUAAAGAAUAGAGAAAGCGAUGAUAAAUCACUUGGUCUUCUUGAGAUCCCCCUGCGUGUGAAUUCCAGCGUGGAGUUGACGUGAGGCAAGGAUCACACAUUGGAUGUCCGCGCGGCGUGAAUUUCCGCGAAUCGGGAAGGUCAUUCGCGAUCGCCGCAGUGACCGCGCGCGGACAUCCGCGUUCGCGUUCGCGACGCUAUCAUUGCGAGAAUCAUUCCGCCGUUUUCCCCACUCGUCGACGGCCACAUGACUUGACGAUUACCUCUUUCUCCUCCCGCUGCUGCUCGUUGGCCGAAGGCGGCGGCGGCAGUGGCAGCGACAACGUCACGACGACGUUGACGUGGACGAUAGCGACGGCGAGGAGUCAACGGCUGACAACGCGGCGUGGUGGAGGUUCGGUACUUAAAACGAGUGACACGCGCCGCCAGCGAUUCAGUCGUUUGCAAGCUGUUGGUCCGCAGGUGCGAGACGCGCGUGGGUGCCUGCGAGACGCGCGCGCGCGUGUGUGUGGAUGUGUAUGUGUGUAUGAUUGCGUUUUCCUGGAUCGUCGUCUCGCGCGUACACGUGCGCGGUCUGUAAGAAAAGGGGCUUCCCACACAAAGAUUUCACGCAGACACAGGAAGGGAUCGGCCGAGGCUAGUCGCAGCAGGGAACAAAGUUGAGCGAUACGUAAAGUAAUUCUGUUAGAGUAGUGGAUGAUAACGGUAACCCCGGGGGUGGCGAAACUGGAGCAGCCGGUGGCGAUCGUCGUCGUCGGUGCAGCGGAGGAGCUAUCAUGUGCACGCGGCGGAUUUUCGGACUGGCGGUCGUGGCCCUGCUGACUCUCGGCGGUCGAGCGCGCGCGUACACCAACCAGUGGGCGGCACACAUCGAUGGAGGAGAGGAAGCGGCCAGGCGAGUCGCCGAGGAUUAUGGAUUUCGCUAUUUGGGCAAGAUAAAUGAUGAUUGGUUUCACAUGGAGCAUCGAUCCGUGGCGAAGAGGUCGACGGAACCGCAUCUUGAAGUGCACCAAAGGCUAAUGAAUGACUCCAGAGUACGUCGAGCGGAGCAGCAGCGGGCAAAAUCGCGCACUAAAAGGGAUCUUAUAAUCAAACGUCCGUCCAAUAUACUAACCAUGCUAAACGAUGAGAGGUGGCCUCAGAUGUGGUAUCUGAACAGAGGAAAGGGCUUGGACAUGAACGUACAGGGUGCUUGGGCUGAGGGAAUUACUGGAAAUGGCGUCGUGGUCACAAUUCUCGACGAUGGAUUGGAAAAAGAUCAUCCUGAUCUUUACAAAAAUUACGAUCCUCAGGCGAGUUAUGACGUCAAUAGUCACGAUGAAGACCCCAUGCCAAGGUACGACUUGGUAGACAGUAAUCGACACGGCACCAGGUGUGCCGGAGAAGUCGCAGCCACUGCCAACAAUUCUCUUUGCGCUGUAGGUGUUGCUUUUGGAGCAGGCGUAGGUGGUGUCCGAAUGCUAGAUGGCGAUGUAACAGAUGCCGUCGAAGCAAGAUCCUUGAGCCUUAAUCCCCAACACAUCGAUAUUUAUAGCGCUUCAUGGGGACCAGAUGAUGAUGGCAAGACCGUAGACGGUCCUGGUGAACUGGCUACCAGAGCUUUCGUCGAGGGAAUUACCAAAGGUCGCAACGGUAAGGGUUCGAUAUUCGUAUGGGCAUCAGGGAACGGGGGCCGGGACCAUGAUAACUGCAAUUGUGACGGCUAUACCAAUAGUAUUUGGACGCUAUCGAUCAGUAGCGCAACAGAGAAUGGUCUUGUGCCCUGGUAUAGCGAGGCGUGUUCGUCCACCCUCGCCACUACGUACAGCUCGGGCUCUACCGGCGAGAAGCAAGUUGUCACUACAGAUCUGCAUCAUCACUGUACCAGCAGCCACACUGGUACAUCCGCAUCGGCGCCUUUGGCGGCCGGCAUAUGCGCCCUCGCUUUAGAAGCAAACAGGGAUCUUACCUGGAGGGACAUGCAACAUAUCGUCGUUAGGACUGCCAAACCCGCGAACCUGCAGGCCCCCGAUUGGGUAGUCAACGGUGUCGGUAGAAACGUGAGCCAUAGUUUCGGUUAUGGGCUGAUGGACGCCACUGCCAUGGUACGCUUAGCAAGAAGGUGGAGAACCGUCCCGGAACAACACAAAUGUGAAGUAUCAGCGCCACAUACAGGCAGGACAAUACCGCCAAAGAGCCAAUUGGUUCUCGACUUACAUGUCAAGGAGUGUAGCGGCGUUAAUUUCCUCGAGCAUGUUCAGGCGAAAGUAUCGCUGAUGGCAGCGAGACGAGGGGAUCUUCAGAUACAGCUAACAUCUCCUCAAGGAACAAAAAGCACUCUUCUUGCUAAAAGGCCGCAUGACAUCUCGAAAGCCGGUUUUAGCCAAUGGCCAUUCAUGUCAGUGCAUACGUGGGGUGAAAGGCCGCACGGCACCUGGAAAUUAGAAAUUCACAAUGAGGGUCGAUAUCUCGGACGAGCUACUCUGCACGAAUGGGCGCUUAUUUUCUAUGGCACUGCGACAUUGCCCGACCGAACUGAGUAUGCUCUUUACAAUCCGGCCGGCAUGAGUAUACCUAGACGACCAUUUGUCAAGCCACGUGAGACCAUCCCAAAGAGCCAGAACACCCUAGCGAAGGGCAAGCAGGCACAGCACAAGUCCGAUAAAUCCGGUAGCCUGAGUCCACCCUACGUGGUGAACGCUCAGAUACAGUCCCAGAGAAAGGGCAAGGCCCGCGGUCAACACAAGAACGGCAAGUCGGCUAAUCGACCAAAUCCCAAGCCUACCGCUCAAACUCUUCGGGGUCUCACUGGAAUCAAUAGAGGCCCCAAUAACGUAGCCAGUGACAUGCGUUUAAUCACGUCGAGGCCUCGUGGCAGGAGUACACCAAGCCCGAUUACUAGCACUGUAACUCAAGCCAUCACGACAACGAAGACCCAAGCCACGACGACAAGUAAACAGAAAAUUAUCGACGUGGUUACCGCGUCGCCCCUUCAAACGGGACUGAUCUUAUUGGAACCGCCGGCGAAGGCGGCCACUAACAAGGUUCCAGCGGUAUUUCAGCAAUAUCCGAAGAUUCAGCAGCUCUAUCCGGUUUAUGGUGGAGCUCGCGGCGCCGAUCAGCAACUCGCUACCAGGGCUAAAGGACUCGACCUGCUACAGGAUGAGCAAUUUGAUCCAAGGAACCUGCAUCUAGACAAGGACGAACUGGAAGAGUGGAAGCUUGUGUUCUUCGGCACGGACACCGCCGUAGAAAUAGACGACGAGCUCGAUAAGGACAAACCGCUACCGCCAGUCGUUCAUCAGGAAAUUCAUAACAAUGCGCCUUCGGACGUCCGACACAAUGCCGUGGACACCGAGGGUGAUCCGUGGACGGGUAGUCAGCAGAUGGACCGAGUCUCUCAUCCGGAGGCACAAAGGCCGACCACGGAGAACCAGACGAGCGGUUGCGCCGCCUUCGAGGCCGGAGGCAGCGGGUGCCUAGUGUGCAAACGGGAUUGGUACCACAACAAUGGCAGCUGCUUACGACAAUGUCCAUCCGGAACUUACGCGGUCCGGAAUGACGACGAUUCUGGUGCAUUCUGCACAGCAUGCCAUUACUCGUGCCUGUCUUGCAAAGGACCCAGCGACGCAGACUGCAUCACUUGCCGUGCGGAUUCGAUAUUCAUGUGGAACAAUGGAAGGACAGUCUGCGUACUGAGCAGUCUUUCCUGGAGAAUGCAAUCUACAAUGUGGUUUUAUAGGAUGACUGUGGUGUUCUUAGUCAAUUUGGCCGUGAUUAUCGCCGUUGUCAUUUAUUUUGCGUUCAUUUGGUAUAUCCGCAAAUCCAAAUCCGUCCACAGAUACAGCAAAGUAUCCUAUUCUGGUAAUGGUGAGGUUCAUGCGGAUACAGAACAAUUGCGAAACACUUGUGUUUCUGAUAGCGAAUAAUUUUAUCAUAAUUCAGAUGAUAAAAGAUAUCUUUGGAAGAAACAUAUGAUAUUUCGAAGAGCAUUUUGAAAUACUUCAGUGAUAUUUCGAAAUUAAAAUGUUUAAAAAUGUUUUUGUAUCCUAUAUUAGGAUAUACGAUAUAUA